CCCGCACAAUGGAGCAAACCCUAUACCAUUUCUGUGUGUGAUUCUGGUGAUGACGGAGCCACGGGGCUGGACUUUAAGUAAAUUUUGGGCUAAUUCUAGGUUCUUUUUCGUACUCGAUUGAAUUAAUUGCACAGAUUAAUAUAGAGUUCUGUUACUUUAAUAACUAAUCUAUGUAAAGUCAAGCUCUUUGAAAUCACAUCGAUCGUUGUUCGACAGUCAGAAGAACAAAACGCGCGGCUUAUUUUCGAAAUCGAUUUUUAGAUUAUUCGAACUUCAUAGGAAUAUUAGCCAGGCGCUCGGGAUGUCCGUCAUUCAGCAUUACAGCAACAGGAGUAUCAAGCCCUUCAAGUCCAGUGAGGAGUACUUAUAUGCCAUGAAAGAAGACUUGGCGGAGUGGCUGAGGGAUCUUUACGGCAUCAGCAUCACAGUGAUCAAUUUCUUCGAGGUCCUUGAAAGCGGUGCCGUCCUGUGUCGCCAUGCCAAUAACGCGACGCGGGCCGCUGCAGACUUCUUAAGGGAGCUCGGGCACCAGGCGCCGACAGCGCAUCUGCCCACAGCUGGGGUCACCUACGUCGAAUCGGCACAACCGGCCACCUUCCUGGCCCGAGAUAAUAUAUCAAAUUUUAUAAACUGGUGUCGACAAGAAAUGGGCAUCAAAGAUGUCUUGAUGUUCGAGACAGAUGACCUGGUUCUGCGGAAAAAUGAGAAGAACUUCGUCUUGUGCUUGCUGGAGGUGGCCCGGCGGGCUUCUCGCUUUGGGAUGGCAGUGCCGGUUCUGAUCCAGCUGGAGCAGGAGAUAGAGGAGGAGAUCUGUGAAGAGCUGCAUUUGCCACUAGGGGGCGUGCCAAAAGUACGGCGAGCUAGGAGCCAGCUGUCUGACUUCAGGGACCUGGAUGAGAUGGUCCAGCAUCUCGUAAGCCGCUGCACAUGCCCCGCCCAGUUCCCCAUGGCCAAAGUGUCAGAGGGCAGGUACAGAGCGGGCGACUCCAGCGCUCUCAUUUUUGUGCGGAUCCUAAGAAGUCAUGUGAUGGUGCGGGUGGGCGGAGGCUGGGACACGCUGGAGCACUACCUGGAUAAACAUGACCCGUGCCGUUGCACAUCUCUCACCCACAAGCAGCCCAGGAUGACCAGACUGCAGCAUCCCAGCACUCCCGUGCACGAGGUCAGGACUCUUCCGACGGCGCAGCACGGGGAUGGAGGCGGGGCUGAGCCCAGGCUGCUGGUGAGCCGCACGCAGUCGCCCCCGCCGCCCGUCCCCUGGGUAACUGCGGGCGGCGGCACCAGACCCUGGAGCGCACGCUGCCCGACACGGCGCCCGUCUCCGUCUCCCGAGCCACGUGCCAGGGUUGCUGCGGGGCUAAGACCACCUUCUCCUGACAGAGUGAGGGCAAGAUCAGCCACACCCACACCCAGCAGAAACCUGCCCCGCGAGGACAAGGAAGAGUGUGUACACAGCGCCUCCACAAGGACAGGCAGAAAACUGACCCGGCAGUCUCCCUCUCCUCGCCUGGCUAGUAGCCUUCCUCGACCGACUCAGACCUCUCCCGCCCCCCAGCCUGAAACCCAGCGCCCUAGCACGCCUCUGGUCUUCCAGAAGACUGCAGGGACCAUCACCUUCCAGCUACAGCACAACCCAGCAAGUCGGAUCACAGAAACCUGGACGAAAUCCCAGUUCACCUCUAAGUUACGACAUGGCAGUGCUUCAAAUACGCAAAAUAUCGAGGCUGAAAGCAGGGUUCCCAGUCCAAUUGGCAUGUCCAGGAAGGGGGGACUUUAUUCGGCUGGUUUGUCCACACCUGUACGGUGCUACGUCCCCAUCAGGGGCAGCCGUCCCAGCGCCAGGCAGCCCUCCACAGCUGUCCACCUGAUGGAGGGCGCUGGGCGUCCUCUACAGGUUUCAAAUUUCAUUCGCACCUUUAGCCCGACUAAGCAGUCGAGAAGCAAAGCCUCAGAGGAACACUUGCUCGGUGUCCUCACACCUGCCGAAAGUGGUGCAGAUGUGGGUCUGGUGGAUCACCCACCCAGCUCGUACAGCAGUUAUGGACUUCUUAUAAACAGCUCCAUAACAGAAGGAGCCAGACGGUCGAGAAGCCAGGCAUUGCAAAGCUCAGCAAAGAAUCCUUUGAUUUACCCAGGCAGAUAUGGAGAGUCCCUCGACAAUAAUUGUGCCCUUAUUGCCCCCCCAGAGCUUGGCAGAGCAGAGGGUGUCAGGGAAAUUAGUAAGAGGUACUUCUUCACGCCGCCACCCAUCAGUCCGGAAGAGGAAGCUACCUUGUACCGUAGUUUGGAGCAUGAGAUUCUGUCCAAUCUAAAGCUGCUUAACACGCACACAGAUGAUGACAGCAGCCUAGAAGGUGGCCAGGAUGGUGGUGGCAUGGGGAGAGCGGGAGACAGAUUCUGCACAAAUGACCCAGUUCCAUGUCCAUCUAAGCCGUCUUGUCAAAACCUUCCUGCUGCAGAAGACAGAGCUGCCACUGACUCUAAUGGAAGGAGCAGUGUGGUUAUGGAUGACCUGGCAACAGGGUCAUUUCUGCUGUACCCAAGCGACAUCCAAGCACGUACCCUGGAGCUGCGUGCAGGGAAUCAUCAGGCCUCUAAGCCAGGCACCGAAAACUCCAUGGGAUGCAGCGUGGAGUCCACUGAUCUCACAGAGACCACACAGGAAAGACAAGAUUUUGGUGUAACUAAUCCUAGUGCAAACAGGGCUCCUAAGGUGUUCACCAUGGCACAAUACCGGGAUCUCACCCUAAAGUCCUCAAUACCCAUUACCCCAUCCUCUAAGCUAAGGAGGGUGCUGAAGAGGCCAGAGAGGGUGCCGUCCAUUUAUAAGCUGAAGCUAAGACCCAGGGUUCGACCCAGGCAGGACAACAGGCCAGAGAGAAAGCCCUCCAGAAUACCCACCCCGCUGUUCUAUCGGCGUGGCCAGCCUGGCCGCGGCUCUCAAAGGGAAAAACGGAGAGAUGAUACGGAAGCUGCUCCAUGUUGUUUGGACAGCAGCACCAAGUCCAAGGAGGACACGCCGGUGUCAUUACCAAGGGCAAAAAUGGCAGCAAAAGAGACAGUCGGGGACCAAGCAAAAGAGACUUGGCUUUGACUGGGCUGACUGUCAAAAUGCCUUCAUUAUUUUUCACACUUGAAUGUUAUAUUGCAUUUCCUGAGAUUAUAAAAAAAAAGUUUCAGGGACAAAUGCAUAUUUGCAUGAGCAGCAAGUGUACUUAAUAUAGCACAUGACUAAUAUCCAUCCAUCCAUCCAUCCAUCCAUCCAUUUUCUGUACCUGCUUGCCCUAUUAGGUGUUGCCGGGGUCUGAAACCUUGUAUCAGGUUUAUUUCAUCGUAUAAUCAAUUUUCAGCCGGGGAUUUUCAUUAUUGCUUAUUUAGUGCAGGGUCAUGGAGAGCCUGGAGCAUAACCCAAGCAGCAUAGGACAGGGAACACAAUGGGUGCCAGUCCAUUAUAGGACACAAACUAAGGGGAGUUUAGAGAUGUCAAACCACAUUGUUGCACUGCAGGAGGAAGCCCACACAAACAGGAACCGGAGGUGAGCAAUCAAAGUCACAGCUAGUGAUGGGUAAAUUGAGCUUCAUGAACCAUUUCUUAAAUUUUUUGACCCACUAGAUGGUGCUCUUGAUUUGCUUUGGGCCAUGAUUUGAGUGCUUUUUUGGAACAGAUAGCACCAUCUAGUGGAGUCAGAAAAUACAGCAAAUGGUUCAUGAAGCUUCAUUGGACUAUCACUAGCCACAGCUGAGGUUGUGCCGCUGCAUUGCUACAUACCACCUUCCAUUGUCGGGAGUAACAAAAUUUUGACACUAUCACACUUCCACUAUUUCUCCACCAUUAUUCAUGCAUGCCGCCCUGCUGCUGCCAGAGGUUUUGCUUCAUUGCUUCCCUGUAAAACGGUCUCACGGCACCUGGGGAGUGUGACACAAUAGAGGGGCCAAGGAAUCAUUAUUGGCCCCAGCUGGGGGUCCUUCAGCUAUGGCCAGUUCAAGCUGGAAGGGGGAGGGGGUGCAUGCGACCUGUCGCCACAGCCCAGCGGAGCAUAAAUACCCGCUAAGAGGCCACAUUUAGACAGGCGUCAAGGGGAAUGUAACCAAGACAAAAUCGUGAAUAAAGCCAGCACUGAAAAGGCUGAUUUUCCAUUAUAGGCUUUGUGCAAAUUAUGGAAGGUUCCAAAUGAUUAGUACAAUUACUGCGCGCCCUGUAACAAUGGCAACAACAACAAAAAACUGAAAUUGUAUCAGGGAUUCUGCAAGCCGGUUAAUAAUUUAAAAAAUU